CUCUCUCUCUCUCUCUCUCUCUCUCUCAGUGCAACCUCCAGUCCCCCACACGCAAAUCGUGCCGCUCAAGAGUUGGCACCAACCUGACACAUCCAUGGAGCUCCGUUUUCGCCGUCAGCGUGAUUGCGCAAUAUUACAUUUUAAAAUGAUAUAGGAGGGGGGACACCGAUACCAUCAAAAGCAACAAAAAAAAAGACAGAUAGCUGGCGUAUUUACGCCGACUGCGUCCCCACCUUCUCCGUGAUAAAACUUUUCCUACCCUGCUGUUGGUUCUGCCCAAAUCGUUCGCUUUUUCUUCCCUUCCCAUUUUUUCUCUGCAAAGAUUUUUUUAUUUAUUAUUGCGCACUGGUAUCUAGAAUGGAUGGGGCAGUCGCCGGCAGAAUGUGCCCUGCUAUUCGAUCUCAGAGUCGGCCGCAGCAAGUGAUGCUGACCCAGAAGAAGAUCAAAGCGCGGAGGAAAAAGCGAAAGGAGUUGCUUCUGGUCCAGAUGUGCUUCAUGGGAUUUUUGCUGUUGGUCGUGUCGGGGCUUUCCUUGCUGGCUGAAAAUUCAGGUUAUGACACAUCCAGCCGCCCCGCCGAUGAGAAGGACGGGUGGAGCGGGCGGCGCCUCCUGCAGGAGCUCGAGAGCAACGACACCGAGGAGAGAGCGGUCUCCAAGAACUGCACUGAGCCAGCCCUGCACGAGUUCCCCACGGACCUCUUCUCCCACAAGGAGCGAACGGAGGGAGCGGUGGCACUGCACGUGCUCUGUGCCGUGUACAUGUUUUGUGCUCUGGCGCUGGUCUGUGAUGACUACUUCGUUCCCUCCAUGGAGAAGAUCUGUGAGCGCCUGCACCUGAGCGAGGACGUGGCGGGGGCCACCUUCAUGGCGGCCGGCAGCUCAGCUCCUGAACUCUUCACCUCCAUCAUCGGAGUGUUCAUCACCAAGGGCGACGUGGGGGUGGGCACCAUCGUGGGCUCCGCCGUCUUCAACAUCCUCUGCAUCAUCGGGGUCUGCGGCCUCUUCGCGGGCCAGGCUGUCCGGCUCUCCCAUUGGAUGUUGCUAAGAGACUCGGCCUUCUACACGCUCUCCGUGGCCGCUCUCAUCGCGUUCAUCCACGAUGAAAAAGUCUCCUGGUGGGAGUCCCUCGUCUUGGUCCUGAUGUACCUGGUUUACAUAUUGAUCAUGAACUUCAAUUCGCGGUUGCGGCGCUUCGUCGACCGGCGGAAGAAGAGCUCCGUGAACUUGGCCAACGGUACGACCGGCGGAGCGGACGUCGACGACGGCGGCGCCUGCGACGCCACCGUGGUGCUGCUGAAGAAAGCCACGUUCCACCGCAAGCCGUCGGUGCUGAUGGUGGACGAGCUCCUCUCGGCCUACCCGCACCAGCUGUCCUUCUCCGAGGCCGGGAUGCGCAUCAUGAUCACCAGCCACUUCUCCCCUCGAACCCGGCUCACCAUGGCCUCCCGCAUGCUCAUCACUGAGAGGCAGCGGCUGAUCAGCAGCAGGUCCUUCAGUAACGGCGACUCCGAGGUGACGGUUCGGGUCCCGGGGAGGCGGGGCGUGGAGAACGGUCUGGGCGGGGCCGAGAGGGGUCUGAACGGACACCGCGGCGGGACGGGCGAAGACGACGGGGGAGGGGUGGAGGCCGGGAACGAGACGGAGAACGAGGACAACGAAAAUAACGAGGAGGGGGAGGAGGAGGAAGAGGAGGAGGAAGAUGACAGCGAAGGGCCGCUCCUACCCUUCCACGUCCCAGCUGGGGCCUGUAACAGGCUGAAGUGGCUGCUGGUGUGGCCGCUGUGCCUGCUGCUGUUCUGCACGGUGCCCAACUGCGCCAGCCCGCGCUGGGAGCGCUGGUUCAUGGUCACCUUCGUCAACUCCACCCUCUGGAUCGCCGGCUUCUCCUACAUCAUGGUCUGGAUGGUGACCGUGAUUGGCUACACGCUGGGCAUCCCUGACGUCAUCAUGGGCAUCACGUUUCUGGCAGCGGGCACCAGCGUUCCCGACUGCAUGGCCAGUCUCAUCGUGGCACGGCAAGGUCUAGGAGACAUGGCCGUCUCCAACUCCAUCGGCAGCAACGUGUUUGACAUCCUGAUCGGGCUGGGCCUCCCCUGGGCCCUGCAGACCCUGGCCAUCGACUACGGCUCUUAUAUACACCUGAACAGCAGAGGAUUGGUGUUCUCUGUGGGUCUGCUGCUGGCCUCCGUGUUCCUCACAGUUCUGGGCGUUCACCUGAAUAAGUGGGUGCUGGACCGGCGGCUGGGCGUCGUCUGCCUGCUGAUGUACGGCGUCUUCCUCUGCUUCUCCAUCCUCAUCGAGUUCAACGUCUUCACCUUCGUCAACCUGCCCACCUGCCGCGAGAUCCUCUGACGCGUCGCACGGAACGAAGGCGUCGGCUUGUGCGGGGUUUUCCCCCCUCUCUUUAAAAAAAAAAAUUUUGAAUUAUCACUUGCAGAGGUUUUUUGUUGUUUUUUCCUAUUUAACCUCGGUGCAAUAUGAACAAAGGCUGUGUUUCGCCUGUAGGGGGCGCUGAAGAGUACAGGGAAGUGGCGGUGUAUCUGUUAUACACUCAGGCAGGUUAGAAACACAAGCAAAGUCAUUUUUUUUGGUCGUUGUCGUUGAGUCCAGCUUGACUUGACGGGAACAGAGCGGGGGCGCCAUUUGGGGCGGGGGCGCCGUUUGGUCAUGACUGACAGGGGCCCAGAAAGAGCCGUCCCGUGAUUGUGCAGGGAUGGGGGUACCGGGGCCCAAAAUCCCUGGUAGUACCCCUGGAACAGAGGAACAUUUUUUUUGGGGAAUUUUGUAAGGAUGAAUGGACCUGUCUUAUUACAGCCCUAUAUCACUAUUGUAUAUUUUGUAAUGAGAUUUUGUUCUAUUGGCUGCUAAUUUGCUGAGAAGAAGUUGGACUGAAGGGAACAUUCUACUGGAUUAUUAUUAUUAUUAUUAUUAUUAUUAUCACGUUUCGUGUUUUUGGGGAAUUUAUUGAGAGAUGCAUUUAGUACUAUUUGAAAGGUACAGGUGACCUGUUGUACAUAUUUGUUGAUAGGGAUGAUGUGGGUGAAGUUGGGUGAAGUUUUAACUCCAGAUCCUUCUUCUGUCUCGGGGCAGACUAAGCUCCUCCUUCCUGUUGUACCUGUGCAGGUGUAUCCCAGGUAAUCCAGGUGUGUCGGGACCUUCCUCCAUAAUCUUGUCCAGUGUUACAGAAACCUCUCUCUCUCCCCCCUGUCUAAAUUUAAUUCACUGUUCAAGGAUUUAUUGCAGUGAAGGAAAACAUAGGCCUUUUUUGCCUUGUUUCUGAACGAUGUGGCACAACUCAUCAUUUUGACAUUUGAGAGAGUAGAGUUUCCAGUGUUGGACUCACAUUACCUAAUGCUUCUACUACCUGUCUCUGCUACCUGUUGUAACAUGGAGAUGCAGUACAGCAGUAUUAGAAGUCACAUGGAUUAUAUGGUAUUUGCCCUUUGUACAUUUAGAGACUUUAUUUAUUUAUUGAUCUACUGAGUGCAAUUUAAAGUAGAAUUUAAAUUAUUUUUUCCAAAAACCAUUUGGUAGCCCGGUAGCUGUCCCAAAGACGAGAGGACCCUGGAGUCUCAGUCCCGCACUGUCACUUUAUCAUUCAGAGCCUCUUGUGUGACUCUUUUUUUUUUAACGGGACCCUUUGCUUCACGCUUCCUUUGCCUGUUUAGUGACCCCUUUUGAUCUAUUAUGCCAACCUGAAUUUUCGGUCUUCACGUGGCAGCUUGACCGUGACAGUGAAUCGCUCUGUCAUUUUCUUUUUUUUAUUCAAGCAAUUAUGUGACUGAGGAAAAGAUGUAGCUACACACUUUGACUGCUGGGAAUGAUUUUAAUAGCCGUAUUUCGCAAAGGGCUCGCUCUCCAUUGGAUGUUUUUUUUUUUUUUUUUUUUUUUUAAUGGGGUGAUUUCAGUGCAAUGACCCCAGAGAUCUGACCUCUGUAAACUGGUUUUCCUAGGAGGGUCCUGGGUCCUGGGUUUGUCUGGGCUGUGAGUUUCUUUUCCUUGAGGUGAGCACGGCAGGGUUUACUGCAACACCUGAGGUCCACCUUGGGUAAGGAGAUCCAUAGUCUGGACGUUUUAGAGGUAGCCCCAAAAUACCUUGUUUCUGCACACAGUACAGGAGGCCAUUUUGAUAUUUAAGUUAUGCGCUCCUGGGAUGGUUCAUCCUUGAAGUGUGAUGCCUAUUCAGGUAUUUGUGUCGUAAGGAUUGUUUAAACCUCUGAAAAACACAGAGUGGCACAUUUUCUUGCUUGUAAUCUUACGAGGUCCAGUUGUCUGGUAAUUCGUGAGUGGUGAAUACAGUUGUUAAAUGGUGGAGGGUGGUGUUCUGGGGGCCUGUGUUCUCUUAUGCGCAGAAGGGUUUGGGCAUGGGUACCACAAGGGAUCCCCUUUAGCAGUUUCCCUCCUGGAUGGGGACAGAUGCGCACACGAAGGCGCCCUGGCCUUUUCUUCGCGACGGUCGCCACGGGGUACGGGAGAACCUUCCGGAAGUUUCCACGGGCUUCUAGAGAGAGCUCUGGUCCAGGAAGCAGAGCGGUGUGACGUGUCACUCCGGAUGGAAAUCACAGCACUGCACUGGACUCACCUGUUAACAAGCAAAGACAUAAAACCGGUGAAUUAAGGACCUUCGCAUUACCGAGAUUCUGGAUCUUUCCCUCUCUUUUGGAUACAGAAGGAGUUAUUUUAGCAAAUAAACGAUGAGUAAUGUUUCUAUGUAGUUGCUGCACAGCAGAUCUAUAAAUACGAGUUCUGUUUGGCGGAUGUAAUAGUCCAUCGGCACAUCUCUGUUGAACGAGGUUAUUCUAUAAACCAAGCGACACAUGUAAGUUAUUCUUGAUAUUGUAUCUUAAAUGUUAUUUAAAUUUAAUUGAAUUAAUGAACUGAUCUUUAAAAAAAGGUAUUGCUGGGAAAGUUGUGUUUUUAUAUAAUGAAAUGACUAUUUGUAAUUUGUAAUGCACACGUUUAGAAAUGUUUUAUUCUGAAUGGUAGAACGUACUUUGAAAUAAUUAUCGCCUGUCUCUUUUUUAGUGUUUUUAAAGUUUCAGUUUUCAAGUUGACAAUAGAACUGUUGUCACCCAUAUGGAAAAAGUAGUAAUGUCAAUAUAUGGUUAAAUAUGAAAUUUAAAAAUUUAAUAGAGUAGAAAUUUAUAUUUAUGACAAAAUGUACAGCCUAUGUUUCAAAAUAUACUGAUUAUUGGCACUUUCAUAUAUGUAAAGAGUAUGAUUUAUGUGCGUUCAUUGUAUGGUACAGAAUAUCUACGACCUAUGUAUAUGUAUAUAAUUCUGCUAUAUAUUUUAGAAUUAUGCUGCAUGCAGAUAACAUUACAGUGCUCUAUAUAUGAAAGUGACAAUAAUUCAUAUUUUUUAUAAUUUGUCUAUUUUUGAACUUGUUGUAAACAAUUAUUCAUAUUUUGUUUUCAGUUUUUUUGAUGUUGCACUUUCUCUUGUCAAACUAAUUAACAUUUUUUUCUCCCUCUCUCUCUCUAUGGAGAAGGAACUUUUGACUUUUUGCAGGUUGUUCUCAGAAAAUGCCACGGCACACGUAUAACAUGUUUUAUAUGUCAAAAUUCAGAAUGUUAAAAUGAACGGCUCGCUGUUCUUUUAUCUCAGUGUGUUGGAUUAGGGUCCACCCCUGUAAUGGGUUUCUCAAACACCCAAGUUCUGUCGUUCUUUUCUGUUAAUAUUGAUUUUGGCAGACCAUCCAUAAUACCUGCAAGAUGCCAUAAUGAUGUUAUAUACCCUCAUUUUUGCAGGACUGAAGAUUAUUUCAGUCUCUCAGUGGAGUAUUGAUUAUCACUAAAUGUCAAAAUAGAAUAGAUCUUUCUGGUGGCUGUCCACAAGAGGGGUGUCUGUAAGCAGGGUAAGAUGUAAUUGAUUUAUUUUGGGGGGGGGGGGGGGGCUAUAAAUUAUAAAUGCUUUCUCCUCUUCAGUUGUGACUAAGCACUUUUCCUCUUUGGCCAUAGCCCAGCAUGCUUUGAGAAAGAUGGAUGUGUGUUUUUAUGAAUGUAAAGCUUUACGACCCACUGCUUGGUUUCAUGUGUCGUUACGGUUAGGGUUAGGGUUUUUGUUGUUAUUGUAAGCCAAAUGGAAGUUGGGUCGAUUGCUGUUGGGAUGCCAAAAUCAAAAUGUACGAGGUGGAUGGGAUUAUUAUUGAUGCUCAAAAUCACAGGUUUGGAUAAUGCCAUUUUGAUACAGGUUAGACCUCUGAUUCUUUGUACGGUAAGACAUGCACUACGGUAAUGGUACACAAACACGAUGUUCUUGAACCACUGAAUGCAGCAAUUUUUAGGUUCGACCGUGUGAUUCAUACUCUUUCUGUCCAGAGCAUUGUCACACCAUACCAAAGCCAAAACUUUAAUCAAUAACUCAAAGGCACGUAUCAGUGCCCAUAUUUCUAUCAUUUUUCUGAUAAAUGUCUAAGGCCUCUAAAACUGCAUUUCUGAUUGAUCUUACCUACUUGCAGUACUGUACAUUUGCAGCAGCUGCAGGCAUAUCUAGUUUUUGGCUAUUUCUAUUUACGUAUGUCUGCUCUUAAUAUUGUUAUUUAUACUAACUAGUUACAAGGUGUAAAAAGUUAAAAAAAUUUUUUACAGAUGCCAACUUUAAAUACUAUGCCUUUUCCUUAGAUUAUAUUUGAGAAGAGUAUCAUGGCCCCUGAUCCUAGUGAUAGUUAGACUAUACAUUUGCACUUGGUGGCUUUAAUACUGUUUUUUGCAGCAGUUUGCAUGAUCCUCCAUGUCUGCGUAUUACAGCUUUUACAGAUUCUGGGAAAGGGCUGCAGGGUUGUAAGGCCCUUACUACUAAUGCAACCAGCUUUCCCCUGUGAAUUUAUGUCAAAAGCAAAACACGUUCUAGUAAAAAAUUUUGAAUAAUUUGUAAUGUUAACAGUUGACAUGUUGUCUGUAUGUGUGUCUAUAAAUAUAUAGACAAAAAGUAUUGGUUAUUUGUGUAGAUAUGCAGUUCAUUUGCGUUUGUCUGUUGUGGUAGGUCACCCCUCAGUUCACUCACAGAGUGAAACUUUAAUAUGAAAACGUAUUUAUUUUUUGUCAAACAGCACUUGAUAGAGAUGAUGGCUUGUGGCCUCAGGACAUAAUAUCAAGCAUGCUUUCAAUUGCUUUUUUGUUUGUUUGUUUAUUUUCAUAUUUUUGCUGACUUACCAUAGGCGUGUAGCAAUUUCAGAGAGUUCCUGAUCUGUAGCACAGUACUGAAACCUGAAAAAAAGAGUCUGAAACCAUUUUUUGUUGCAUUUUUUGUCUUAUGUGCCGAAUAGAUUUCUUCAGGUCUCCCAUUUAUAAAUCUGAACUUUGCCACAAUAAGAAUAAAUAUAAACAACCUUACUUAAGGUCAGAUAGAGGUGAACCGUUGCCUACUGUGCAGUAAUGCGUAAAAUGCACUUUAGUGCGUUCAACUCUAACAGUGUUACUUCAACUCUUAACAGAUAGCACUUGCCCCAACACUAUUAGAGUUGAAUUGACACUGCUAGAGUUGAACACUGGAUAUUAUACUGUGAAACCCAUUGGAACUGCAACCAUGUCAGAAUACUAUAAUACUUGCAUAAAAAUUACUGGGACAUAGGAAUUUGUUAACAGAUCUGGAGUAAUUAACUUUGUGUACGUAACUGUUCGUAUUAUUUCCAGUCAACCAGUUGCAUCACAAUUAAUUUAAACGAUAAAAUUGUUUUUCCGACAUUCUGUGCUGUGAGUUCAUGGCCACCAUACAUUUUCUUAGGUCUUUGAUUCUCAAGUGUGUAUUCACACACAAACGCACACGCGCGCUCACACACACACAUACACACAUAAUAAAUGCUCAUCUUCGGGUAGCUACAUUUCUCAUAGCAGCACCGAUAUUGUUGAUUCGUCUAUCCAAUUAUCCAAUCAGAUAGUCCUUGAAAUAAGUUGCCAUGGCGUCCCUCUGGUAUGGCAUUAUGGGUUAUUCAAAUGCCAAGUGGAAAGUACUGUUAAUUUAUAAUGAACAGAAUGCAGAAGCAUGUUUUCUGGUCAGACUUCACUAAAAAUGUGUAAAUAAUCUAUUCUUCUUUAGGAAGGAAAGAGAAAACUGAAAAGGUAAAAACCUAGGGCGCCUGUAAUAUGUUGUUGUUGUUUUUUUUCCUAAAAGCUUUGGCCUUAGCCAAAUAGCAACAUGGAUUGAGAAUUGUCUUCUAUUAGUACAAUGCACAGUAUUGUGUGUUUUAACUUUUUUUUAUGUGAUCAAGCAUGUAUUGUUAAUACAUUUAUUAACUUGUAAAUAUGUUUUGGUUCAUUGAAAAUUGUUCUGUAUGUCACAUGGAUAAAAUAUGUGAUGAUGUUCUUGUUUUUUAUUGCUAUUUUUUUUUUUAGGUUUUAGGAUUAGAAUUUAAGUAUUAAUAUGGAAGAGUAAUAUCAUUUGGUUUGGGGGGGGGAGGAGGAGAAUAAAACAGCACAGUUCAGGUUGGUUCCUAUUUUUGCCAUGAAGUUAUUUAUUGUGGAGGAGAAGAUAAAGCAUUUCUGCCAAGGGGCAAUCCAGGUUCUAAUACAAAACUGACAAAAGGUACAUUGUGAAGAACAAUUUCUCCAGAGGUCUUAGAAUAGUCAUAGACAGUUCACCUUUCAAAAACAGUGACAAGCAAAGAUGUCAAAACUAUACUGAAGAAAGAAGAAAAGAAAAAACACCUCGAAAAAAAAAGACUUAACUCCACUCCAACAGUGACCUUGAAUGGUAUCCUUAGAAUGGAGUUCAAGCAAUACUGUUAGCAUCUACCAAUUUACUUACAUACAAACAGUGACCAGUUUACAUGAAUUAAAGAAGUUGUUUUUUCCAUUAAGGAAUUUAUUCUUUUAUAUUGAGGUUAUAUAAACAUACUACACUACAGUAGAAGGUGCGCAAUAGAAUACCUUCAAGAAAACACUCUUUUGGGGACUUGCGUUUAACAAACAAUUUUUGAAUUUUUAUGGCCCCUCAGAAAAAAAUUAAACAGAAAAAACCACAUAUAUUGCUCUGGUAGAAGCAAUGAUCAUUUUAAGAUCUUUGUGUGUACUAUAUAGUUGAAGAACUUCAGGACAGCAUACAGAGUUUGUAUGAUGUAUAUUGUAGAGAUAUAUAGUGCAAUAGAGGAGUAGAUGGACGUAAGAAGGUUUGAUAUAUAUAUAUCAUUUGGAGAAGGUCAUUUUACUAAUAUGUUUCCUUGCAACUGUGAAAAAUAUUAUAUUGUUAAAAUAUUAAUCGUUUGUGAAUCUUCAUUUUCUUGAAGACUCCUGAUGUUUUUUUUUGUCUCUCAGUGCUGUUGGGGAGAGGGGGAUGACACAAUGCAUUCUCAGAGGUCUUCUGGCAAUAAACUGAUUUACAUACCGA